AUGCCUUUUGGAUACGUUCUUCUUUUCUUUCCAAUAUAUUAUGCUUUGAGUGCUUAUUAUUUCGGCUUCCAGCUUCCUCAUGUCGACAACUUUAUUACAUUCAAAGAACUUUGUUUAUAUGUGCUUGAACACGAACCAGAUAACAUUUUUGCCUCUGAAGCCUUAUGCCGACUUUUAAUUGAAUCUUACCUUGUGGAUAAUCUCCCCUACUUGAUUUCUGAGGAUCUCCUGUCUUCAGAACAGGAUCAUUCGAGCACCUCUGGAUUCGAAUACCUGGAUUGUUUUUGCGCCUUGUGUGACUCAUCUGAAUCCUUAGAUCCGAUGUUUGCUCAGACUUUAGCACUUUCGAAGGCGUUUAGCGUUGCAAAAAGUAUAGAUGCUUUAGGAGAAAAAUCAAGCCAGAGUUUUCAGACUUUAUGGAGGAAUUUACUUGAACUACUGGAUGAUAUUGAAGUUGAUGGAAGAAAAGGCAUAAGAGAAUGGCUUGGGAAAGGCUCAAUGGAUCUUCAUACCAGCGAGCCAAACCACCUCUACCGAAGAGGAUCGCUAAAAUCUUGCAAUAGACGCGGUAAACGUCCCUCUUGGAGAUAUGACCAAAAAAGCAUCAAGAGCUAUUGCGGUCGGGAAACUAAGAGCCCGACAGGUCUCGGCGACAACAUGUUCAGGAGUAUUACCUGA